UUUUGAAAAUUGAUAGAAUGGAAAACCCUUUCAGAGCCCUAGAAAUUUGAAGGUGAAUCUGCAGGUGAGGUAGCGUCCGUAGGACCCGGAGACUAGCGCAGGAACCGACAAUGAUCAUCCCAGUGCGUUGCUUCACUUGCGGAAAGGUGAUUGGAAACAAAUGGGAUCAUUACCUUGAUCUUCUACAGGCUGACUAUUCCGAAGGGGAUGCGCUUGAUGCACUGGGUUUGGUUCGUUACUGCUGUAGGCGAAUGCUCAUGACUCAUGUUGACCUUAUCGAGAAGCUUCUUAACUACAAUACCCUGGAUAAGUCUGAUACCAGUUAGGCGGGGGAGAAGUUAUAUGCUUAUUCAUGUGCAGCAGUCAGUAUUGACCUUUUAUGGUGUCUGAGUCAAGUUAAGAGAAAAGAAGAACUUUAGGAAGAUUCAGUGCAGGACUACUCGAGUUAAGCUAUAUCUUGGUGUCCCAGUUUGUUUACUUGUUGAUUAUACGAACCCAACUAUUUAAUCUUCAAGUGUUUACUACUUUUAGGAGUUAUUUAUCAGAACCAUGUACUUAUCCUUGUCAAAGUUAGUUUUUUAGAUAUGUGUGGUUACUAGUUACUAGUUAGGUAUGCUGGCGUUCGCUUAACUGGCUUUGUGGAAUGCUGUCUCUAACUGCAUUGUUGCAUCUACAAACCUAUUAAUAUAAUCGUCAGAUGUUUAUGUUGCGUCA